UUUUUAUGACAUUUGUUUUAGAACCCCUCAAACAUGUAUGGAAUUUUUUCUAACAUUCUUUGCCUUUGUGGAAAUCAGGCCAAUCGGCAUUUAAGACAGGCCAAAUUGGGGACCUUGAAUUCCCUAAUUAUUGCUUACGGCAACAAAAUUGGUUCAGCAGCUUAUGAAGUUAUUAUUGUAGAGCUUGCUACACUGAUAAGUGAUUCGGACUUGCAUAUGACGGCCCUUGCCCUGGAACUCUGCUGCACCUUGAUGGUGGACAGGUCAAGCCCAGUUGUUGGUUUGGCUCUUAGAAGCAAAGUUCUUCCGCAAGCACUACCGUUAAUUAGAAGCUCAUUGGUGCAGGGGCUUGCCCUUUCGGCUUUGCAAAAAAAUUUCGCUUCCUUGGUGUAUUCUGCAAAUACAAGUUUUGAUGCCUUGCUAGACUCUCUUCUUUUGAGUGCUAAACCAUCUCCUCAGUUGGGUGGGGUUGCAAAGCAAGCUUUGUAUUCAAUAGCUCAAUGUGUGGCCGUCCUUUGCCUUGCUGCUGGUGACCAGCAAUGUUCAUCUACCGUGAAAAUGCUCACUGAAAUUCUCAAAGAUGACAGCACUACAAAUUCAGUAAGUCGUCCUGUUCGGAAAAAAGAUGAAAUCAACCCAAUUAUGAUUAUAUUCACGGAUGACAGGAUUUGGUGGUGUAAGCAAACUGUCAUUGUACAGUUGGGGUAGCCUAAUAGAUUUUAGAAGAGAUUAAAUCCACUACCACGACCAUAUAGAGAAUCAACGUUAGUUCUUAGGCUGAAAAAAAAAAAUAAAUAAAUAAAAGUUGCAUGUAGGGUUGAUGUUUUUAUUCUUAACAGAUUAAUACAUCAAUGUUAAUUGUAUAAAUAUAAAGUCUUCUACGAUAAUAUUUUCUACAUUAA